AUGAAACUAGUCUGUGUGUUAGCAAUUUGUGCCGUUUUUCUGGGACUUGUAUCAACCGAACGGUCCAAACGACAGUUAGGCGCCACUGGACUGAUCGAGAAGUAUCCGUUCAUCGUUGCGAUCACCUACAACGGCAACUUUGUCGGCAACGGGGUCAUUGUGUCCGGCUGGUGGAUCCUCUCAACGGCAACCGCCUUUGCAAACCCCACACCAGCCGACGCUUACCGUGUGUAUGCCGGAUCGGCCGAUUACAUGUCCGGUUCGAGCGAGAACGUUAUUCAGCUUAUCAUCAAGCACCCCCAGUACAUAGCGCCUAGCCCGGGCAACAACAUAGCCAUGGCCCGAGUGGCAACCAUUUUCGAAGAGUCCAAACUUCUGCAGUCAGUCAACCUUGGCGUUAACGAUGUACCUUCGGCAGCCACAACGAUGGCAACGUUCGGCGGUAGACAGAAUAUGCUUGAAGUGCCAAACCGGCUCGCUUCGGACGAGGCUUGCAUCGGCACGCUGACGGACGAAGCGAACAAGCAGAUCGUGCGCGAUGGGUUGGCGUACUGUGUGACGAUCGAAAGUGCCUAUGCGGUGGGACCGGGUGAUGUGGGUGCACCGAUCAUGUCGAUGAACUUCCUGUACGGACUGUACGCGGAUGGGUUGGUAGCUACGCGCAUCGCCAUUCACAGACAAUGGAUCCAAAGUACUAUGGUUAGCAAUAAGUGA